AUGACGUGUCUAUUGAAGGCCACACUUGAUGGCGAGAUAAAGUGUAGUGAAGCCUUGGACACUUUCGCCCCAAACCACCGCCAGUGGGUACUCGCACAUCUGCUCGGCCGUGAACUGACUUCCAUGGUUGGGAUUACGUCCGGCCUAGCUGAUCUUUCCGGCUGUCCGUAAUCGUGCUCACCAGGUAUUCUGGUACUGGGUUGUACUGGGGUUGUCGGCCGUGGGCCGUGACCGAUCUACAUGUCCCCCCUGUUUUCAAGGAGGCGUCCACCCGCCGAAUAAAAGCGGCGGAACGUACAUUCAUAGAACAUAGCACAUAUUCAGUUCAGCAGUCCCAUCUGGUUGAGUUCAGCAAGGAGCACAUUCACCGUGCUCUAGCUCACCUUAAAGAGAGGAUCCACACGACGAGAGCGGUGCCGUAAAAAGAGGGAACGACAGGGUCCAGCUGUUCCCCACUUACUACCGCGCUUGCAGAAAACUGCAAAGAAAAGGCCCCCUAGACUACACGAUGACGCAGACGGACCGCAAGGCUCUGGUUGCCCUAUACAACGCGACCGGUGGGGCCAAGUGGGAAGACACGCGAAACUGGAACACUAGUGCCGUCCUCUCGCAAUGGUACGGAGUCGAAGUCAACUCCCAGGGCCGCGUGGUGAAGUUAUCUCUGGGGGUCAACAACCU